AACGCGUUAGACCUAAGCCAGCCUUCCUCCCUACUAACAUCCUAUGGUAACUCUUACUCCUAUCCAUAGGCUGGAAUUUUGAGAUCAAAAGAAUGAGACUUAGAGCAAGAAUUGAGACAGCAGAGCAGCAUUUCAGGAAACGGAAGGUUUUUCACAUUGGCAAAUAAAAUAACUUUUUAUUUCUCUACAGAAAUAAAAGAUUCCCUGUGUCCAUAUGGAUAUCAGAGACAAAAAGCAUUUCAACCCUGCAGUUUUGAUUAACAAUUUCAGAAUAGCCGUGAAUGGGUUUCAAAAAUUGGUUGAAGAGACAGCACUCCAGAAAAAAGGUGAAAGAGCAGGCUUGUUUUUCCCAAAAGAAGAUGUCAUUGAUUAUAACAAGUUUUAUUCGUCGGUUCAGGAACUCUUUGGUUCAGAAGUGAAGACUCAAGAUGUGAAAUGCUUUUAUAGGAAACUGUGCAACAAUCCCGAUGCAUCUAUAGACUGGUGUGAGAUCUUUGGAUACUUCUCUGAAGAUGAUGCUCUUGCUUCCCACAUGGAUGAAGAAAAUUUGGUUUUCCUUGUGUCUAGAAAACAGCGAAUUAUUAUUUCAGGUAGUAGAAGACGGGAUGUGAUCAAGUGCAUUGUCAAGGUUCCUCAACUGGAUUUAUUAAUAACUGCUUCACAGAAAGGCCUAAUAACUAUCUUUAACAGCCAGAUGAGAGUUCAGACUAGCACCAGUGUUACAGAUACUUCCUGGAUUACAGGAUGCGAUUACCUCUCCCAGCUGAAACGAAUUGUUGCCACUACAGAAAGGACUAUCAUUGUCUGGGAUUAUAAAGCUCAAGGGAACAGCCAGGAGAACUACUAUGUCAUAAAGCCCGUAGAUCACUGCCUUCUGUGUGUGUGUGUGGCAUCUCUGCCUGACCAGCUCUGCCGGGAUGACAUCCUUCUAGGAGAUGAUGGUGGUUUUGUGAACAGAUUCACAAUUAACAGUGAUGACUUUGGACUAAAGCAGGCAAAAACCAAAAAGAAAUUACAAACUCAGGUCUUGGACUCAAAGAACUUUAAAAGUGUUAAAAGGAAGCUACAUAAUGACUGGGUUAUGAAAAUUAGAUAUAUCCCAUCCCUAAAUUGCUUUGGAUCCUGCUCCUUAGACAGUGUUCAUUCAUUAGUUUUGGAAUCCUUGAAGAGACUUGAGGACAAUUUAUUCCUCAGAAAAUUUGGAAUGGAACCAUCAUUCAACUCAUUUUGUUUUUGUAUCCUCCAGAACAUAGAAAUCCUGUCUAAUGGAGAUGAUAAAGUCCUCCGGUUGUGGCACCCCAAUAUCAGCACCAAGCCUGUGGGGAAACUGGUGGGACACAUGUUCAGCAUCACCGAGAUGGUAACCAAUGAGAAAGAGCAACACCUCAUCAGCCUUUCUUCUGCAAAGGUUUUCAGGGUGUGGGAUAUACAGACUCUCUCCUUGUUACAAGUCUUCCAUGACAGCCAGGGAGGACCAGGAGACAUGCAGAUUUAUUCUAUGAUAUAUGAUACCAAUCAUGGCAUGCUUAUUGCAGGAUCAAGUGUUAUAGAUAUGUAUCCUUUAACUAAGAUGAUACAGGAUACAAAACAGGUUCCUCACACUCAUGAUCGAGAAAUCAACGUCAUACUUUAUAACACAUAUUUUGCCCAAGUACUCACUAUCUGUUCUGAAUCCAUAAUUAAGGUAUGGGAACUUGAGACUGGCCUCCAAAUAUACCAGAUUCUAGACCCUCAUGGCUUCAGUAUUGAAGUGACUUCGGCAGCUGUUGACGAAAGUGGAUAUUUUUUUGCCACAGGAGCAUAUAAUGGGACAGUUAAAAUCUGGGACUUCGGCAGUGGGCAAGAGAUGAAAGCGUUGCCAGAAGGGAAAGACUGGAAAGAGGAAGAGCAUUGGCUGAAACGCCUGAUUUUUCUCAAAACUCAGGAAAAACGCCAGUACUUGAUCCUUGCCUUGGAGCUCAGUGGAACUAUCAAAAUGAUCCAGGUUUAUGGUUAUAUUUUUAAUCCUGCUAUCAAAACUGAGGUGAGCUGCAUGGAUUUAUUACAAAGAGAAGGAUAUAAUUUGAUAGUUACUGGUACCUUAAAUGGUAUAAUCAUCCUAUGGAAUUUUGUAGCAUCUACUGUCAAAGAAGUGUAUCGACCUGAAGGUUGUUUCAAUAUGGACCCUGACUUGGAUCCCAAGCGCUUUAGGAUUAAUGACAUACUGUUCCUCUUUCGUACUCCUGAAUGUGCAAGGAAAUCAAGCCAGGAUUCCAUAUGCUCUUCAUCCCAGUGUGAGUCUAGCAAGGGUCUACAGAGUAGCAAGGGAAGCAAGCAAAGCGUACACGAUGGUGAUUUGAAAGGUGAGAAAACAAAUGUGGAGAGAGAGCAACUGUCAGUGGACAAAAACCAACCUGAAUCUGCCAAUUUAACACAAGCUCAGCCUCCUAUCCUUGUUACUGCUCAUGAGGAUGGACACCUCCGCUUAUGGACUAUGGAGGUAAUGGAAUGGAGAAAGAUGAGCUCAAUGUCAUUACUUUUCAAACGCACACCUCCCAAGCCCUUUGAAGUGGAACAGGAUUUUAAGUUUUUCAAGGCUCUUUCUUCUCCAAAGAUUCACAAACAUGCCUUAGAAGGUUUCAUGACUGAGAACAGAGAGGCCGGAAUUGUUUUUGGUUCUCUUCCUAUAUACAGGGUAACAAGCCCCACUAGUUUAAGAUUCCUUCCACUCAUUGGUUCAGAAGCACAAAAGGAAUCCUCAGACGGAAAGAAGAAGGGAAUUCACGUUCAACAUGAAAAAGGAGGACGGAAGAGAAGUUUGAAAAAAAAUUUAGUGCCACAAAUCAAUCUGGCUUCUUCCUUCUUCCCAGCCAUGCCCAAGUAAAGAGGAAAUUCAGAAUUGGCUGCUGCACAUGAAAUGACAAGGUCUGGAUGAUACCCUGGUCUUAUUUCAGGAUAAGAAUGAAAGUCCACCAGAGUCACUGGUCUCUGGAUCCUCAGACCAUCCAGUUGCUGACGAUUGCUUUGGGAGCUUUAGUGACCUCAGCUCUGAGUAUCAAGCAGGUGACAAGCAGCCAGUUCACCGAUGUCUUUCAUACAUCGAAAUCCAUUUAAGGAAUAGGAGAUGCUUCCUGUUUAGUAUUAACAAAAUUAAAUACACAGAAACAAAUGAAAGCAAUAGCAUAGAGAGAUCUAAAAUAAUAUAGUUAUCUAUGAUUCGCUUUAUACCUUCUACCAUAUGCACCAUAGUUCAUAAACAAGAAUUAUUAUCAGAAUGCAUGCAGGCAGAGGCAAAUAAUAUGUCACAUUUUAUGGUAUAUGAAGAGAAUUAUUAUUAAAAAGAAAAAUGUGACAAUCAA